AAUUAUAGGGCCAACCUGACACCUAUAUGAGCGCAUCAGUCGUUAUCUCUCCCAAGAUCAGUCCGAACAGUUAUGCAAUGACUUUCAGCUUAUCGAUUAUUUGGGAUGUGUAGUCAUGCGCAUCAACUUUGCCAGUGUUAAGGCAAAGGAAAAAACUACAAGUCCCGGCAGGCGUAGGGUCGCGUUGCUUCGCCCGUGUUGCUCGCGCUCGCCGACUGUAGUUGCUCGACUAUAAAAAUCCGUUUUAAUGAUUCAGUUCGUGAAUAAAUAAAAAGAGUUUGGUGUCAUGGCGGAAUCUGCAUCAUGUCCUGCUUUCCAGCUCGGGAGACCCAGAUACGAUCAGACUUCAUUCCUUGGACGUCUAAGACACUUUGUUGACAUCAUCGACCCCAGAACCCUGUUUGUUACAGAGAAAAAGUUAAAAGAAUGCAUCAAACUCCUUGAUGACUAUAAAUACAGCACACUUCCUCCUGGAGUGUCUGCAGAUCAGUUGUGGGAAGCCCAGAAGAUUAAACAGGCUAUCAUUCACCCUGACACAGGAGAGAAGAUCUUCAUGCCAUUUCGAAUGUCAGGUUAUGUACCAUUUGGAACACCAAUUGUCAUAGGCCUUCUCCUCCCAAAUCAGACUGUGAUGUCUACCAUUAUAUGGCAGUGGUUGAACCAGAGUCAUAAUGCCUGUGUGAACUAUGCCAACCGGAAUGCCACAAAGCCUUCUCCCACAUCUAAGUUUCUUCAAGGCUACGUUGGAGCUGUGACUACUGCUGUCUCUAUUGCAGUGGGACUGAAUGCCCUGAUUCAGAAGGCCAACAAGCUGAGUCCUUCCACCAGAGUGAUUAUACAGAGAUUUGUCCCCUUCCCAGCUGUAGCAAGUGCAAACAUUUGUAACGUAGCUCUGAUGAGACACAAUGAGCUGUCUGAAGGUAUCGAUGUACUGGACAACAACGGCAGCGUGGUGGGAUCCUCCAAAAUUGCUGCUAGACACGCAAUAAUGGAGACCGCCUUCACACGUGUGGUCCUUCCUAUGCCAAUCUUUGUCCUGCCUCCCAUCAUCAUGUCCUACCUCGAGAGGCUGCAAUUCCUGCAGAGAAACCGCAGACUUCUGCUGCCCAUCCACAGCAUUGUGUGCCUGGUUACAUUCGGCCUCUCUCUGCCUGUGGCCAUCAGCCUCUUCCCUCAGAUGUCUCAGAUCGAGGUGUCUCGCCUUGAGCCGGAGAUUGCCAUGGCAACGGAUUGCAGAGUGUUGACCUACAACAAGGGUUUAUGAUAAAGACGGGACGCGAGCACAAAACUGAGACUGCUUUAUGACUGACUGGAACUGAGAACCUACUGCAGGGUUUGGGGGCUGUCUGAGACAUAAUUAUUAGAGUUGUUCUAUUUGCCCAACAUUCCUAAACCUGUUCUCAUGCAGGGAAGUGCUGCACUCACUGAGCCACGGUGUAUUCAGAAGUACAGCCUAGAGAUUAUUUCCUUUGCUACAGCUGUUCAAGAACCUUCUACUUUUACUUUCAAACCCCUUUUUAGCAAUAAUGUAUUUCUGAUAUUUACAGGGUAUUGUUCUCUGCACAUGCUGUUGGUGUAUAGCAGCAAUUUCUGUAGCACAAUCUACUUAAAUAGGGUUCCAUUAAAAUCUUUCUUCUAGGUUUCAUUAUGAAGUGGUAUAAAGAAGCUUUUCCUGAACUGUUUUUAAAUCAGAUGUGGAGAAAUGCUAUGAUAUUUGUUCUGGGUGGUGUUUCUUUCAUUCAGUACAGUUACAUUUCCAUGUUCAUAAUCUUUUCCCCUGCUAAGUGUUGAACUGUCAUCACAGCUCUGGCAGCUGGUGCUGUGAUGUUUGCUUAUCUGUCAGUGUUUUGCUGCGAACAGCUGCCUGUGAAGUCUGCGAGCUGGGAUAGAAGCAGCAGGAUGAAAGAAGGUAUUGAGUUUUGUAGAGCAGAGGGCAGCUGCGCAGUCUGUUGAUUCUUCCCCCUGCAUUAAUAUUGCUAAAAGCAACUCUCAAAUACCAUUAAUGCACAGAACUCUCCGCAUUAAUUGACAUCCUGGUAGAGAUGUGCAACUGCCUUAAAAUUAAUCUCCAAAAAUGAGUGAAGUCACAAGGUCGUUUUGUUGUAACUUAAACUAAAGUUGUAAAAUAGAACAGUAGUUUCUGAAGGAUAUAAUUAAUCAGGGAUGCUUCAAUUAGUCUAACUUGUCAAUUCAUCACCAUUUAAAUGUGUUUUACAUCUAUAUUGUUGAAUAGUCAGUACAAAUGUUAACUGGUCAUGUAUUAUCCGACGAGUUUUAGCUGUGAGGUCUGUCCCUGUUUACUGGGGUAUGAUAAACCUCUGCUGCAGCUGUUUACUGAUUUAUAAACUGAUAAAUAUAAAUAGAACAGCUUUUUUAACCCACGUAAUGUGAAACAGCAUUCACAACUCCUAAUAUGGUAUUAUUUUUUUCCUGUCUUAAUAGUCCUACUACACCAGUGACUGUUAUACAAGCUCGGCUGUAGAUGCAUUAGGUGCAUUAUUUUAAACGUACUGUAUGUAUACCAUAAAUAAGAGAUAAAAUGGAUUGUUUUUAAUCCUGUGUAUUAAAUUUUUUUCUGCCACAAACAUAUUAAACGUUUCCUGUCAUAUAUGUAAAA